AUGGCUUCAGAUCGACCGCAGCUCACUUGGCCAUCCGCUCAAGUCCCUGUUGAAAUUUUUGACGAAAUCACCACCUACCUGUCACGGUCAGAUGUCAAGAAUCUGCGUCUCGUGAAUCAUGAAUUUGACCGCAUGGUCUCGGCUAAAUACUUCCGCAAUGUCGUGGUUCCUUUUCGGUCCGAAAUGUACAAGGCUAGACAGAAGGUGUCAUACAAGGGUGAUCUCGAGCCGACCCAGCCCUGUACCGACACACUAUUCUCGAGCGGCAUGCGGAUUUUUCAGUCUUUUGGAGAGCACAUACUUCGUUUUGCACUGUCGCUAGAACUGGACGAAGAGAGUCUGGCAUACCCACCGAUCAAGCCAACUCAGAAGGCUAUCACAUCUUAUUGGGGGAUAUACCGAUGGCCUCACGAGUCGUAUCUACGGUAUACGGAACUGGAGGGGCUCGAGCAGACUGCCGAUGAGACCGCUUCGAUGAAGGAGGCUUUAAACUGCCUAACCCAGGUCCAGGAGCUUGGGCUCUGCUGUGAUGCGGGACUAGGCUACCUGUUGGGGCCGGAUCAGCAACUCGAGAGUCCUCCCUUGCCCCAUCCAGUUUUCGGACUUCGCAAUCUUCGAUAUAGGCUGCUGCAUCAGCGAUUGGCACGAGCUGAUUCGGCCAGUAUGAACGCCCGCAAGCUCGCCUUCGAGAGUCCCCGCGAUUUCAAGUAUACCGUGCUGGAGUCGAUGGUAAAAAACGCCGGUUAUACGCAGGCACAGGUGAAAGACGCAAUCGCCAUGCUAUUGAGCACCGAGAAUGUGUCUUUGGUGAACAUAGACUUCGAUGAACGCACCACGGCAGCCAUGGCGACGUCCGAUUCAAGCAUUAAUAUUUUCAACCCUGCUUCAAAUCCAGGCGUCAUCUCCAAUGUAAACGGCGCUGCUGGAGACGACGACGACGAUGCAGCGCUCCAACGGGCGGUGGUAUCCGUGUUGAGCGAAUCCACAUCCGGUCACCCUUUGCAACCCAGGAACCUCACAAGAGCGCAAAAGGAAAUGUUGUUGGAGCUUGAAUGGGCUCACAGGGCACUCAUCCAAUCCUAUGUGAUCGCCCUUAUCGACAACGCCCACACAAAUAGUUUUAAUGCUCUGACGACCUUGACUGUCGCCAAGAUACCCAGUAGCCAUAUCUUCAUGUUUCAGAGACAAGACUUCUGGCAGAGUUUGCCUAAUUUGACAAACGUUGCCCUCGCGGUCGUUGCCGAUUGGCGUCAAGUAGCCAAGGUAGCUCCUGGUUGCGUGGAGGACAAUUUCGUAUCACCAGUAGAUGCCGUCGCCAAGGCAUACCAGUUACUCCAGGAUUACGUUGCAAAACAAUCCAAUAUUGCGUUCCUUCACUUCGAGUGGAUUUGCGGCGGUGAGUUUGCACCUGGGAUCACACAGAGGAAUCUCAAUGUUCUUCCCGCGCCGUUUUGUCUGCCGUCCCAGAUGGUGCAACCUGACGUAGCCAAGGCACCAGAGCACCUGCUGUCGCUGCCAUACAUCAAGCACCUUUCACUCAAAAACUGCUACAGCACACCACAUGUGUUUCUGCAAGUCGUCCGAUCUAUGGCACUUCAUUCUCUGGAAAAGUUAGAGCUCGAAAGUGUUUCCCUAACCGCACCACCUACGCGAGAUCAGGGUCACGUAGGAACGUUUUUGCAGGUACAAGUGCAGGCGCAAGUCCAAGGACAAGUACAAGCGCCAAUACAAGCUCAGCAGCAGGUAGCUCAUGGUACUGCCCAUCUUCAGGUACCACAGCCCCCACCUCUUCCGCCUGCGCCGCUUCAACCACAAGCCCCUGCAGGGCCUCAACCACCUGCCAUACAUCCAAUACCGCACGGCAUGGUUUUUGGCACUAUACCACCUGCAAUGAUACCACAAGCUCCCCAGCAAGCAGCACAACUGGUUCAGCCUCCACCGCUCCCCUCUGAGCCAAAUUGGAGCAAUUUGCGGCUUAAGCAGCCCAGUCUGCUGACUUGGGCGGGAAUUGUCGAACGUUUCACGCCAGCACCCACGAUAAAGGAGUUGAUGACCAGACAGGAUAACGAAGAAGACCUGUGGAUUGAGAAUUUGGUUCAAACAGACGAGGGUUACCGGUGUAUUCCCAGGCCGCAUGGUCUUCUCGAGGAGAAAGGGUACUUCAGUAUUGAGAGCAUGUCGUUCAAAUCGUGCGGCUAUGUCGUGUUAGAAGUACCCGCCAUCGACAACCACGCAAUACUGCCAAUCAACCCCCCCUGGCAGGAGCCACAAGACGUAACGUCACGGCGAAGGGAGCUUGCCCCCUUCAUGCAGGUGUGUACCGACAGACUAGCGGCCAAGAUCACGAACUACAUGCCGAUUCAGGAGCAGUUCAACCUCACAACUGCUUAUGGAAUGGACACUGAAUGGACGAACGUGUACGACGAAGAGGUCAUUGAAGCUGCAAAGCGUGACGGCAUCGUGCAUCCUGGCAAAGGCCGUUUCAGUGGCACGAUUUCCAAGACAGCCGCAUAG